AUGAAUGGUCUCAACCGUUUGGUCGGCCUCGUUCGCCCAAGCAAGAAGACUGCCUAUGCUCAUCUUCAAGAUUCUGAGCGCUUGUCUGACACGCUGGAGCAGGCUCGAGAGCCAAGUCCACGUCGUUGGUUGCCAAGCGCUUCUCAACUCCUUCUUUUGCUUGUAUCUGUUGCUCUCCUUCUCGCUACUGGUGUCCACCAUUCGUUCGGAAGAGAACACUCCCACAAAGACCGAACGAAUGUAGGAAAUCUCGAAGAGAUUCGGGGCCCGAGGAUGUUCAAGGAGCCCGAGACUGCAGGCCCAUCUCCGGAGCUUGACGCUGCCUGGGAGAAGCUCAUCGACGACCGCCAUUUCAUGCUCGUCCCCGACGCAGACUUUCCCAAGUCCGAGUUUAGAACCCGAGAGCCCCUGAGAGCUUCGUCUUCUACUCAGAACGGCACCCUCGCCGUGUUCGAGUAUGUCCACGCAUUGCACUGUGUGCACUUGAUGUGGAAGCAAACCUACCCCGACUACUACAAGGAAGAUCAUUUGAAGAUGAAGAACGAUCCAAAGUGGCAACACGCCCAUAUUGACCAUUGCGCGAACUUCCUGAAGCAGGUCAUCCUCUGCAACGCCAACCUCGCCUUCAACACGUACUCCUACAACGAGACGCGUGGCGGCGCUGACGUAGACAUCGUGUCGUCUCACACUUGCAUCAACUUGGAUGCCGCGGACGACUACGCGAACCGACACUACGUCAACCGGUCGGAGCUGUCCAUCACCACCGGCAAAGAGAUCUUCCCUGAUGUCUUUUAA